AUGGCUGAAGAAUAUCAUCAAUUGAAAAUUACAAUAUUUACUGAUAAAGGGAGAUCAACAAUAAGUGGUUUUGAGUAUCCUCAACCUAUAUUACCUUAUCCUGCACCAUAUACUUUUAGAUUUUUUCAUUACGAUAUUGAAGGCCCAAAUUUAACCAACAAAGAAUUUAAAGUAAAAACAGGUAAAAUUGAAUACAAAGGAGAAGAAUUUGAUAUUCCUCCAUCAUCUAAGGGCUCAUGGAGAAGAGAAGAUAACCUAUUCGAUUUAAUCUCUGUUACAAUAUAUCCAAGUAGACAACCAAAAAAAGUUUUUCAUUAUUAG